UAUUGCAAUAGCUACUGGUAGAACUUUACAUCAAUAAUGGAGAUAAGGAGGAAAAAAGCACAAGUAUUUGGCGAGUGGAUGAAAAGGGUGGACAACUAGUUCUUGUAGUCAAGAGCCUGAUCAUUUUAUAUUGACCAGUCUUUAUCUAGUACCUCUCUGAACUUCUACUAUACUCUUUUUGGUACUACUUUUCAUUAUCGCUCAAAGUUGAAGACUACCAGAGUUUCUAGUGCAUGGACUUGAAGACCAAGUUUUAGACAAAGUCUCACCUAGGUUGUUGAAAAUGGACUAGAAACUGUAGCUGACACUCCCCUCAUUCAUCAUGUAUUUGAAUGCUGAAACACAACUCAUUCACUAACCAUUUGCCAUGGAUUUGUUGUAUGCAUUGUGCUCGUCUUUCGCUACCUUCAGCUUAUGCUUUUUGCUCUUCCCAAUUCUCACUGCCUCGAGCCCCAUCCUUAAUCACUCCAUCACUCCAAACUUCACAGCCACAAAUAUGCAAUUCGUUGAUAAUUCCGGUGCUUUCCUGGAGUCUCUGAAUGGCACUUUCAGAGCCUCUAUCAAUACUCUAGAAUCAAUCCACUCGCAUUUCUACUUCUCUGUCAUCCAUGUGGCCUCUAACACCAUCAUCUGGUCAGCCAACCGCAACACUCCCAUUUCAUAUUCUGCUAUGCUCUCACUCACCAUCCAUGGCCUUAGCAUCACCGAUGACUCGAAUAGAGUUGUAUGGUCCACACCCUCAUUCAACUCUAAUAUUGCUGCUCUCCAGCUUCUAGAAACCGGGAACCUCAUCUUGGUUGAUGCACAAAAUGUCUCUCUCUGGAACAGUUUUGAUUCUCCGACAGAUACUCUGAUCAUUGGACAAAGAUUGUAUGUUGGUACAUCAUUGAAUGGUGCUGUGGGAAACAAUAACUUAUCUGUGGAUGAUUACAGGCUUGCAGUUACCAGUAAGGAUUUGGUUCUGAAAUGGAAGGGUCAAACUUAUUGGAAACUAUCCAUGGAAACCAAAGCUUUCAAGAAUUCAGAUACACCAGUGUCCUAUAUGGAAAUGAAUAGGACUGGUUUGUAUUUGUUUGGGGCUGAUGGCUCAGAGGUUGUAUUUCAAGUUUUCUUGGAAACCUCAGAUACAAAGAUUGCGAGGUUGGGAUAUGAAGGGGUUUUCAGCAUCAGUAGCUUCAUAGGAAACAAGUGGGUGCAGGACUUUGUAAAGCCAGUUGAUAUCUGCCGACGUCCAUUUACUUGUGGAAAACUGGGAUUCUGCUCGAAUGAGAAUCCGACUUGUAUAUGUCCAACAGGUUUCCAUAAUGAUGCUCAGGAGAAUGAUGCUUGUGUGCCAAUAGAAGACACCAUCUCUUUGCCUUCUUCAUGUAAUGAAAGUGGAAAUGCCGGUAAGUUCAAUUCCUCAACUGUUUAUUUGGAACUGCAAAAAGGCAUGGACUAUUUUGGUAAUCGUUUCAACCAGCCUGUGAACCAUGUGAUGAAUUUAUCACUAUGUCAAGAUGUAUGCUCACAAAACUGUUCUUGCCUAGGCAUUUUCCAUGAAAAUUCUUCUGGUUCUUGUUAUCUUCUCGAAUACGAUUUAGGUUCCCUCAUGCCUAUGACCUUUGGUGAGGAAGGUCUAUUAGGGUACAUUAAGGCUAUCUCAACUGUGUCUGUAAUCCCUGAUGAGAAUAAGAAACAUGGUUUAGCAGUAUCAAGUUUGGCGGUGAUAAUAACCUUUUCAGGGUUCGUGUUAACCACCAUGCUGGUCAUGAUCAUAAUAUGGUUGAGAAAGAAAAGGUAUGAUAGAAUGACCUUUGGACGUUUGAAUUCAUUCUCAACAGCAGAUCUUGAGGUGGUCUCCAUCCCAGGUUUGCCAGUAAGAUUUAGUUAUGAAGAGCUUGUUGCUGCAACUGAAAAUUUUAAUAAUCAAAUUGGCAGUGGUGGAUUUGGUACCGUGUAUAAGGGCAUUAUAGCAGACAAGACUGUAGUGGCAGUGAAGAAGAUCAGUAGUUUGGGAGUCCGAGGGAAGAUGGAAUUUUGCAACGAGACUGCUUCAAUUGGAAACAUCCACCAUGUCAAUCUUGUCAAGUUAAGAGGUUUCUGCAUCCAUGGGAAGCAGUGCUUUCUAGUUUAUGAGUAUAUGAAUAGAGGUUCACUGGAGAAGAUUCUUUUUGGGAAUGAGUCUAAUGAUCCUGUCUUAGAAUGGCAAAAGAGAUACGAAAUAGCGCUUGGAAUGGCACGGGGUCUUGCUUACUUGCACAGUGGAUGUCAACAGAAGAUCAUCCACUGCGACAUUAAGCCAGAAAACAUUCUUUUGCAUUCUGAUUUUCAAGUCAAAAUAUCAGAUUUUGGGCUAGCCAAGCUGCUAAGCCAUGAAAAUUCCAAACUAUUGACGACACUGAGUGGAACUCGGGGCUAUCUUGCACCUGAAUGGCUCACUAGUCAUGGAAUCACUGACAAAACUGAUGUAUAUAGCUAUGGAAUGGUUUUACUGGAACUGGUUAGGGGAAGAAGAAAUUGCUUGUUUCAGUGCAGCAGUACUGAAAGUGAUGUCAGUGAAGGAAAUGGACCAUCUUUCAUUUCAACCAGUUGGGACCUUGGGAUGGUGUAUUUCCCUCUACUUGCACUAGAAAUGCAUAAGCAAAGAAGAUAUAUGGAACUAGCCGACCCGAGGCUAGAGGGUCGGGUGAGGAUUGAGGAGGUAGAGACGCUAGUGAGGGUAGCGUUAAGUUGUCUACAUAUAGUUCCAACACUAAGGCCAAGUAUGACUAAUGUGGUUGCUAUGUUGGAAGGAAGAUUACAUAUAGGGGAGCCUAGGGUUGAGGCACUAGAGUUCUUGCGAUUGUAUGGUGGGAAAACCACUGGGACAUCCAGAUUACUCACAAGGAUCGGUUAAGCAGAAUAAGUUUCUUGUACCUACCAGCAAUUAUAUACCAUUGAUUGUAAUGUGAAUAGUAGUUUAGUACAUUUGUAGCUCUUCAAAGCAUAGUUCUUUUAUAGGAGGUUAUUUGCUGCAUGCUUUACAUGUAAUUAUUUCCGCUGUUAAUAAGCUGUGUAAAUAGAGAUUUAUAGCAGGCACUUUCGUCAGUAAUCUCAAGUUUGAAAUUUGACUUGCUUAAUAAAUGAACAGAUGCUGAUGCUUAAUCUGUUCAUUUAGAACUUCGCUUAAAUCGGCAAAAGUCUUAGGCUAUGUCCGAAGAUAGUCAUUUGUUACUAAAUGAACAGAUGCUAUGUCUGCGAGUUCGUGUGUUUGCUUGCCUAAAUUUAUUGUUAAAACUUACUCAUCUGGUACAUUGUUUUGUAUCCUUGAUUUUUUUGUUUUUGGUUGAUAGUUUCCCUCUGGCGGUUUGCUCUAAUUGCUUGUCAAUUAUUUGAA